CUCUGUUGGGAAUGUGCAGCUCGGCGGGUUCCAUUCACCAGCAGCUACUUUCCAGGAGAGACUCAUUCCUGUAGCUGCUGCUUGGAUUUUAAUGCCAGAUGCACGAGGAUUAGUAGAUCGCCCCGAGGAGCUAUCGUGGAAUUAUCACAGGAGGCGGCGGCGCAGGAUAGGGGAGAGAGAGAGAGAGAGAGAGGGAGGGAGAGGCAUUGUGGAAGAGAGACGCGCAGAGCAAAUAGCGCUUGGAAACUGCUGCAACAGACCAGGAAAUUGCUGUGCAAACCUCCAGAUGCCUGGUUGCACAGAAUGCCUUUAUUCCCAACCCCUGUAUUGAGCAUCCAGUAGUUCCUGGUUUCCGCGUCUGAUUUCCAAGAGAUGUCUGCAACUAGAGGCAAUGGAGAGCACUGGAAGUCUUUGGAGUCCGUGGGGAUCAGCCGUAAGGAGCUGGCUGUUGCGGAAGCCCUGCAGAUGGAGUAUGAUGCCCUGUCCCGCCUGAGGCAGGGCAAGGAGGAGAGCCAGGCGAAGCAAAACACAGAUCAACCUCUCAUUUCUUGGGAUGAUCCCAUUCUGGAUUACAACAAGCCUGCUGUAAAGCAUGACUGCCACAAUAUCAAGGUCAUGCGAGGCCUCUCCGGCUCAGACUCCACCCUCAAUUACAAUGCCCUCUCUGGCCAAGAGGUUUCAAGAGCUUUUGGGACCAACAACACUACCUCAUCCAGUCUGCUGCCUGAGCCAGAGAGCCAGCCUUGGUUGAAGGGGCCUCUCUCCAGUGACUACUUGUACAUCUUUGACAGCACAGGGGGGGACUUCCUCACAGAGCCCCUCAAUAGCACAUCCCACCAAAACAGUAGUGGCAGCAGCUCCCCCAAGAAACUUUCUCCUCCCCCAUUGCCCCCUCGCAUUGCCAUCUGGAACACCUCUGAAGUGAACCAACCUUCCCUCAAAGGGUCCCAACCCAACGAUAUCAACAUGUUCUCCUCAUCCCAUGAGAGGGCUGAUGGGAAACUGCUGGGCCGCAGAAUCUCAGAGGAAGACCCUUAUAGCACAGUGGACUAUGAUGGCAUCAAUGAUGCUAUCACACGGCUCAACCUCAAGUCCACUUAUGAUGCUGACCUUCUGAGAGAAGCCACAUGGAGCUGGAAGGAAGGCCGAAGUAUUUUUGAAAAAGAAAGCAGUGGAAAGCCAGUCGCUCGCAGCAAGACCAUGCCUCCUCAGGUCCCUCCCAGGACCUAUGUCUCCAGGCCUGGUGGACGGAAGAACGCUGCACUCAACAAGAACCGGAGGAUAUCAGCAGAUCCGGCCACUUCUCGACAUUAUCCUGUGGCCAAUGGCUAUGAGCUGUUUGAGGUUUCAGAGGAGAAGGAUGAAGAGGUUGCUGCCUUCUGCCAUAUGCUGGAUGUAUUAAGAUCCGGCUACAGUACCAAGGAUUACUCUCUUACUGGCUAUGUCUGGAGUUCUGUCAACCGCAGCCCUGAACACCUUGGCCACGGAGUCAGCUUGAAAGUGACUGUGGUUUAUGACAGCCUGCAGGAGCCUCUCACCUUCACUUGUGACUGUUCCUCAACGGUGGACUUGCUCAUCUACCAGACGCUGUGUUACACUCAUGAUGAAUUGCGUGACAUUGAUGUGGAUGACUUUGUUCUCAAACUGUGUGGCCUGGAGGAAUUCCUGCAAAAUAAACACCCACUGGGAAGUCAUGAAUACAUCCAGCAUUGCAGGAAGUUUGACAUUGACAUCCGGCUGCAGCUGAUGAAGAGGAAAGCUGUGCACAGUGACUUGGCUAGGACGGCGAAUGAUGAUCAGAGUCCUUCCACACUCAACCACUACGUUCACCUCCAGGAGAGGCCGAUUAAGCAGACCAUCACCAGGCAGGCCCUGAGUCUCCUCUUUGAUACUUUCCACAAUGAAGUUGAUACAUUCCUUGCAGCCGAGGGAGACUUCCAGCUGAAGGCAGAGCGGGUAAUCCAGUCUGUCAUGGCCAUUUGCAAUGCUUUGGCUGCUGUGGAGUCCCAGGAGAUUACAGGAGCCCUGAAUCAACUGCCGGCAUGUCCGUCUCGCAUGCAGCCCAAAAUCCAGAAGGAUCCAAACGUUUUGGCCAUGAGGGAAAAUAGAGAGAAGGUUGUAGAGGCUUUGACAGCCUCUAUCUUGGAUCUGGUGGAGCUCUACUGCAACACGUUCAAUGCCGACUUCCAAACAGUGGUACAUGGGAACAGAAAGCGUUAUCAAUCCCAAGAGGCCCGGCUCCUGUCCUGCCCCCUCUCUUUCACGGUUUAUGCCACCCAUCGCAUACCCAUCACCUGGGCUGCAAGCUAUGAAGAUUUCUACCUCUCCUGUUCGCUCAGCCAUGGUGGCAAAGAGCUCUGCAGCCCCCUGCAAACCCGAAAAGCUCAUGUGUACAAGUACCUCUUCCAUCUUAUCAUCUGGGACCAGCAGAUUUGCUUCCCAAUUCAAGUGGAUCGCCUCCCACGAGAGACUCUUCUGACAGCCACGCUCUAUGCCAUUCCAAUUGCACCGCCUGGGAGCUCUUCAGAGACGAACAAGCAGCGCCGCGUCCCAGAAGCUUUGGGCUGGGUCACCACCCCACUCUUCAACUUCCGGCAGGUCCUGACCUGUGGUCGGAAACUCCUGGGUUUGUGGCCAGCAACUCAGGGCCCCUCUAGUGCCCGGUCAAGCGCCCCCAACUUCAACCAGCCUGACAGCGUUAUUCUGCAGAUCGACUUCCCCAGCUCAGCAUUUGAAGUCAAGUUUACCAGCCCACCAGCAGCAGAGUUCAGUCCCACGUACAACUUCAGCAGCCUCUUUGAGGGAGACCAGCAGAAGCUGAAGGAGGUGAUGCAGAAGGAAUCGUUCUAUUGGUUAACGGAUGCUGACCGGAAGCGGCUAUGGGAGAAGCGCUACUACUGCCACUCUCAGCCAGGCUCUCUGCCUCUGCUGCUUGCUAGUGCACCAAGUUGGGAGUGGGCCUGCUUGCCUGACAUCUAUGCCCUGCUGAAGCAAUGGACACACAUGAACCAUCAGGAUGCCCUUGGGCUUCUGCAUGCAGCGUUCCCAGAUCAGGAGGUGAGGAGGACAGCGGUGCAAUGGAUUGAUUCCAUAUCUGAUGCUGAGCUCCUGGAUUAUCUGCCCCAGCUGGUACAGGCGCUCAAAUAUGAAUGCUACCUAGACAGCCCGCUGGUGCGGUUUCUUAUGAAGCGAGCCAUCUCUGACCUGAGGAUCACCCACUAUUUCUUCUGGCUUCUGAAAGACGGCCUUAAGGACUCUCAGUUCAGCAUUCGUUACCAGUACCUUCUGGCGGCUCUCCUGUGCUGCUGUGGGAAGGGCCUGCGCGAGGAGUUCGACCGCCAGUGCUGGCUCGUUAACACCCUGGCCAAGCUGGCUCAGCAAGUCCGUGAGGCUGCUCCGUCAUCUCGACAGGCCAUCCUUCGUGAAGGGCUGGAGGAUGUAAAGCAGUUCUUCACUGUCAAUGGCUCCUGCCGCCUACCGCUCAGUCCCAGUCUGCUGGUGAAGGGGAUCGUGCCCAGGGAUUGUUCCUAUUUCAACUCUAAUGCUGUCCCUCUGAAGCUCUCCUUCCAGAAUGUGGACCCCCUUGGGGAGAAUAUCCGGGUUAUCUUUAAGUGUGGAGAUGAUCUCCGGCAGGACAUGCUAACCUUGCAGAUGAUUCGCAUCAUGAACAAGAUCUGGGUGCAAGAAGGCUUGGACAUGCGCAUGGUCAUAUUCCGUUGCUUUUCCACAGGCCGUGGGAGGGGGAUGGUGGAGAUGAUCCCCAAUGCCGAAACCUUGCGAAAGAUCCAGGUGGAGCAUGGUGUGACAGGCUCCUUCAAGGAUCGUCCCCUCGCAGACUGGCUACAGAAGCACAACCCCAAGGAGGACGAAUAUGAGAAGGCAGUGGAGAACUUCAUCUACUCGUGUGCUGGCUGCUGUGUAGCCACUUACGUGCUGGGAAUCUGUGACCGGCACAACGACAACAUCAUGCUCAAGACCACAGGGCAUAUGUUCCAUAUUGACUUUGGCCGCUUUCUGGGCCAUGCCCAGAUGUUUGGCAACAUCAAGAGGGACCGGGCUCCAUUUGUCUUCACGUCAGACAUGGCUUAUGUCAUCAAUGGUGGGGACAAGCCGUCCAGCCGCUUCCAUGACUUCGUUGAUCUCUGUUGCCAGGCGUACAACCUGAUCCGCAAGCACACCCACCUCUUCCUCAACCUUUUGGGCCUGAUGCUGUCCUGUGGUAUCCCUGAGCUCUCUGACCUUGAGGACCUAAAGUAUGUCUAUGAUGCACUGAGACCCCAAGACUCGGAGGCCGAUGCCACUACGUAUUUCACCAGGUUGAUAGAGUCCAGCUUGGGCAGUGUAGCCACGAAGCUAAACUUCUUCAUUCACAACUUGGCACAGAUGAAGUUCACGGCCUCUGAUUCUCGGCCAACGCUCUCCUUUGCCCCCCGCGUGCACACCGUCAAGACAUCCAGCCGAAUCGUUGACGUCUUCCUCUGCCGCCAUGAGAAGGUCUUCAAUCCCAGCAAGGGCUAUAUAUAUAUUGUGAAGGUGAAACGAGAGAGCCCCUCUGAGACCACCUACAUCCAGCGCACCUUUGAAGAGUUCCAGGAGCUGCACAACAAGUUGCGCCUCAUCUUCCCCUCCUCGCACCUUCCCAGCUUUCCUAACAGGUUUGUGAUUGGACGGUCACGAGGAGAGGCAGUGGCUGAGAGGAGGAAAGAGGAACUGAAUGGUUACAUUUGGCAUCUGAUCCAUGCAGCCCCUGAGGUGGCUGAGUGCGAUUUGGUGUAUACAUUUUUCCACCCACUUCCAAGAGAUGAAAUUGCUGCAGGCACCAACCCAGCCCCAAAGCCUGCAGAUGCAACAUGGUCCCAACCUGUUGGAAAAGUGGGCGGGGAGGUGAAGCUGUCCGUCUCCUACAAGAACAACAAGCUCUUUAUCAUGGUGAUGCACAUUCGAGGUCUGCAGCCUAUUCAGGAUGGCAGUGACCCUGACCCUUACGUAAAGAUCUACCUUCUGCCCGAUCCCCAGAAAACCACCAAGAGGAAAACCAAAGUUGCCCGAAAAACCUGCAACCCAACUUACAAUGAAAUGCUUGUCUACGAUGGGAUUCCUAAAGGAGACCUCCACCAGCGGGAGCUGCACCUGAGUGUCCUGAGUGAAGAGGGCUUUUGGGAGAACAUCCUCCUCGGCGAAGUCAUUAUCAGACUACGGGACCUGGAUCUGACGCAGGAGAAGAUGGGCUGGUUUGAAUUGGGCUCUAGGAGCCACGGGACCAUGUGAAGAGCAGCAAGGCAGCCACUGUGUCUUUGGAACCACUCUGGCCCCAUGGGAGUUCCUGGGAAUUGGUGCAUGUUCCAGGAGUUGUAUCCUGGUCUAUCUGAAAGGAUUUAGUUUCCUGAAAAUAAGAAGGAUGGAUAUAUUGUUUCUCUGCAAAUGAAGGGUUAAUUUCCUGUGGAGAGUGAGCAUUGUGAGGGGUAGAGUCAUGAUAGGAAAUUCUUCUAUGACUUGAAAUGGCUGCUGUAGAUGGAUCUUUUUUAUACAUUUACCUUGUGUCAAGGGAGCAAUGACUUACGGUGGGGGAGGGGUGAAAUGUUAGGGGCUUUUUUCCCCUUUGGGAUAUUUUCAAUUUAAAAAUAAAAUUUAAAAAAACCACAUAACAACAGAUGGAACGUAGGGCGGAUUCCAUAUGGAGAAGAAACGUUGCAGGGUGGGACGUAUCAUCAAUGAAGUUCUUACUGGACUUUUACAAGGAUGUUUUUACCUUUUUUCUUUUCUUUUAAAGGAAUAUUUGCAUAAGAACUUGAGCAGGGCCAGGGAGGGAGAGGACAUAUUUGGGGUGGGUAUGAAUGGUAGAUUGAACCCUUAUCUCUGGAAUAGGAGCUGGUGUGCUCCAACUCAAGCCAUCUUGGAGAAUUUGCUUCCAAAGGAGAGCUAUGUAACUUGUACAUAUGUAGAGCUUACAAUUCCUGAUUUCUUACUAGGAGACGUAACCUAGAAGGCAUGCUCUCUUGGACUAACACCUGGACUUGUCUGGGGAAGACAGAAGGCAACUGCAUUCCUCUUGAUUCCAAGUGUGAGCAUAGCAAGUGUCUGAGAACUGUGUAUUGUUUCCACUUCCUUGCUCCCUGAUCUGAAUCGCUGGUCACAUUUGUGUUCUUUUGACCAGUCUGCAGAGCAGUAUCUGAUGGGAUAAAUUGUGUUAAGUCUUGAAAGCAGAGAGAUUUUUGUGGACAUAAGCCAGGAGGUGUUGGCCUCAUCUCUCCAAAACUGUGACUGUGCAGAAUCUGUUUUGAAUUAGCAAAACACCUUGUAACAGUUGGUCUCCUGUGUGUGGUUACUUCUUUCUAGGUGACCUAACUCCCAUUGCCUAAAAUGCAGAUUGCUUUAGCUAGCCUUAAAGCUGUUACAGAUUACCUUCUUUGGUGUCAUCAUUGGCUCUUCUUCCAAGACUGUGGGUGGGAGGCAGGGAAUCAAAUACAAAGAUGCUGGGCAAUUGAUCAAAAGAUUACCUGGCAUUUGAUACUGAUCUUUCUUGAAGCCUUUGUGUGUACCAACUGCAUUGCAACAACUCCUGUAGAGCAGGUAGCCAUGAGCAAUUUCUUUGCAGUCCUUUUUUGAAAAUAAUAAAACUUUGUAGAAAACAAUGUGGGGCUGGGAAAAUUACCAACGUUUAAACCCUUUUCUCUUCACAGCUAUAUAAAGACCAGGUUGUUGUUUUUUUAAGAUCAUUUUUAAAGGAUGUCUUGUUUGGGGAUUGCCAUUUGCCUCCUUGAAUAAAAGCACUUCAUAACCCUGCAGGGGCAGGGGGUGGACUUUGGGCCUAGCCUACUGCCUCGGAGCCUGUCAUCUACAAGCCCUUGCUGACUUCUUUGUUUACAGUGGAAAUUCCCUAAGAGAUGGAAUGUUUCUCAGGACCGAAAAAAUGAACUUAAACGUUUUUUAAAUGUUCUGACAGGUGGCAUGUUCAGAAAAAAGCCAAGAGAUGCAGGAGGGACUUUUUUUUUUUUUUACCCGUCUCUAGAUUGAGGCUGGUCUGAAGGUAGCAUUUUAUUAAUCUGGUCAAUGAUGCAGGUGGAUUUCAGAGAGGUAACUAACUACCUGAGAGAACCUUGGCCAGGUUCUGUGGUUAUGUCAUCCGUCCUAUAGGAAAUGAGGUAGAGAUGGCACCUUAUGGUUACUUUUAUCUUUCUCGGUUGUAAAACGGUGGCAUUGAUUUAAAAAUAAAUGAAUAAAAAAGGAAUGAAAUUCA